AUGCCGCCAGCUCGUACCGUCGGACCAGCACAACCGGUCCAGCCGAUGGUUGCCCGGUCUCCCCCAACUGGGUCAAUGAUACCAACGGGACAAUCUCGGACCGCUGUUGCAGCUUCUUCAUCGUCCUCGCGACGUGUAUCGCCGAUAUAUCCGAAGGAUCAUCAUAUUCGGAAGACUAGAAUAUCACCAGUAAAAACGGCGUGUAGUCGGUCGAUGUCUUUGGAGAGAAAGGUCUACAAAAUCGUGCUGACCGGAGGACCAUGUGGAGGAAAAACAACGGCUCAGGUUCGUCUUGCCACUUUCUUCGAGAAUCUCGGAUGGAAAGUGUUCACCGUCCCAGAAACCGCAACGAUCCUUCUUGGCGGUCGUGUCAAGUUCUCGGAACUCGAUGCAGAACAGUCAUACAUCUUCCAACGUGAUCUACUCGCCACGAUGCACCAAAUCGAGAACACUUUCUUCAAUCAGGCGUCCGCUAUCAAAGAUCGCAAUGUGCUGAUCAUUUGCGAUCGAGGUUGUAUGGAUCCAUCGGCAUACUCGUCGCAAGAAGAUUGGCAACGUAUGCUGCGAGAUUUGAAGUUUGAGGAAUUCGAUCUGCGAUGUUCCCGAUACGAUCAGAUUGCUCACUUGGUCACCGCUGCUGAUGGAGCAGAGAAGUACUAUACUUUAGCGAACAACGCUACCAGAAGUGAAGGAAUCAAUCAUGCGUUGGAAUUGGACAAGAGAACUAGAUCCGUGUGGAUUGGCCAUCCAUAUAUGGACAUCAUCGAUAAUAAGAACACCUCGAACUUCGAUGACAAAGUCAAUAAGUUGAUUCAGGUAGUCUGUGACCGCACCGGAAUCCGCUCUGGUGAUCGACUCGCGAAGGACUCGAAGAAGAGAAAGUGGCUGAUUAGUUCAGUUGAUUGGAACAACUUCGGGAAGUUCGAAGAAUUUGAAAUCGAACACUUUUAUCUGCUCUCCGAUGAAUCUAACAUUCAACACCGUUUCCGUCGUCGUACACAGAAUAACCGUUCUACCUAUACACUUACCUCUCGUGAAUACUUCAAGGAAUCCGGUGACUCGAUUGAGACUCGUAUGAAUGUCCUUUCAAGAGAUUACAACACGUAUGCCAACAUGCGGGACAAGAGUCGUGCCUCAAUCUUCAAGAAGCGACGGUGCUUCAUGUUUGGAAAUAUGUACUUCAACAUGGACAUCUACAAGGAUCCACUCCCGCCACAGGCCAAUGGAAAUCAUCUGAUUUUCUUGGAGACGUACACCACGGUUCCAAAGGGAACACCAUUGCCAGAUGGUGCGAUGCCACCUUUCCUGACGAUCGAGAAGGAAAUCACUGGAGAAAGCCAAUACUCCAUGUACUCACUAUCAAAGUACAGUAAGACGGCUAACAAAAAUGAUUUCGCCGGAGCGGACAAGUACAAGGACGACUAG